AUGGUCAACUUUAGUUCAGUUGUCUGCAUAUACAGAGUUCCUGAAAGCCUUGUGGGAAUCAGUCCAAAAGCUAUUAGGCCUGAAAAGGUCUCCAUCGGACCUUAUCACCACAGCAAGAGCAAGGAAUCUGAAGAGACCAAAAUGAAGUAUUUUGAAGCUUUUCUCUCUAGAAAAAAGAGAGAUGGUAGUGCUGGACCUGAUCUAAGUACCUUGUUUAAAGCCGCGAGAAAUAUGGAGGCAGAAGCAAGAAGAUGCUAUGAUGAUCAGGCCAUCGCUAUGUCAAGCGCGGAGUUUGUUGCAAUGAUGGUACUUGAUGGGUGCUUUAUCAUUGAGCUUUUCCUACAAGACCAAGAGGACAAACUCAAAGAUGUUAAAGAGAAGGACCGCCUGGUUAUGGACCUCCUCAAGCUUGAAAACCAACUGCCUUUCUUCGUCCUUGAAAGACUAUUUAGCCUGUCCGGUGAUUCAUCUGCACCAGGUGAUUCUCUAGCCUUGCUUGCCUUGAAGUUCUUCAAUGUUUAUGAUCACAAAGUCCUGGAUGAUGUUAAACACUUGUUACACUUGUUUCACUCAAGCUUCCGUACCCCUUUAUUAUUAGAACGAGAUAAUACUCGAUAUCAGCUCUCUAAUAUUAGAAGCCGCUGCGUAGACUUACUUGGGGAAGCUGAUGAUGUAAUGAUUGCAUAUGUAACGACAUGCCUAUCAAUCGACAGCCCAGCGACCGCAAUGAGGUGCUUCCGUGCUUACUUGCAACCCCUUUUCUAUUUGUUUGGGGGAUCCUUGCAUUCCUUUAUCGUCUUCUAA